AUGGAAACUGGAAACAAGACAGAAGUAAUGGAAUUUGUGCUCUUGGGAUUGUCCCAGACUCAUGAAGUGCAACUCUUCCUCUUUUUCCUUUUCCUGCUUUUCUAUGUCAUUGUCCUUCCAGGAAACAUCCUCAUCAUUCUCACAGUCAGGAGAGAUCCACAGCUAGACUCCCCUAUGUACUUUUUCCUAGCUCACCUGGCUUUCCUGGAUAUCUGCUACUGCUCCAUUACACCACCUAAGAUGCUGGCUGACUUCUUCUCACAACGCAAGACAAUCUCCUCUAGAAGCUGCAUAGCACAACUCUUCUUCCUCCACUUCCUGGGAGGAGCUGAGAUCUUUCUGCUCAUAGCUAUGGCCUUUGACAGAUAUGUGGCUAUCUGUAAGCCUCUUCAUUAUGCAACCUUAAUGAAGAAAAUGGUCUGUUGGAUCUUGGUGGUGGCUGCGUGGGCUGGAGGAUUCACACAUUCACUCAUACAAGUUGCAUUUGUUGUCCAUCUUCCCUUCUGUGGCCCCAAUGAACUUGACAACUUCUUUUGUGAUGUUACACAGGUGAUUAAGUUAGCUUGUACCAACACUUAUGUACUAGAGUUUAUCAUAUUUGUCAACAGUGGCCUAGUCAUCUUGAUAUGUUUCAUUCUUCUGCUCCUUUCCUAUGGUGUCCUAGUAAUCCGUCUGAAAACAGGCAUCUCCAAAGGGAAGAGAAAAGCAGUAUCUACCUGCAUCACCCACAUUAUUAUUGUCUUUGUUAUGUUUGGGCCAGCUAUGUACAUAUACUGCCGACCUUUCUGUAGUCUGCCACUGGACAAGGUGGUGGCUGUGUUCCACACAGUGGUUUUUCCUCUCAUGAACCCCAUGAUCUAUACUCUGAGGAACAGGGAGAUCCUUGGUGCUAUGAAGCAGUUGUUGGCACGAUGCUGCCUGGGGAGAGGGAACUAA